AACAAAGAGUAGCGUUCUGUCUGUCCAUAGCAGACCUCUAUCUGAUCCUCAGGGGCUUUAUCAGUGUCAUUGGAGCUAGCCUGCAUUUCCACACUGUGACAGAGUCAACAAGCUGGAGCUGCAGAGAUGCUGGCCUUCCCUGGCCGGGCCCUGUUGGAUUCAUGGAGGCAGAUACUCAUCUCUCUUCUGAGUCCCCGGCUAUAAAUAUCACCACAGGGAUUACUGCAGGAGAAGCCAGGGGACUCCUGGCUGCCUAACGAUUGAACCGGCUAAGCACCAAGCAAAGCUGAAGAGACGGAGAGAGGACAGAGAGAAAGAGGAGAAAGAGAUAAAUAUACAUCCAGAAAUAGCAUCAGCCACAUUUGACUGACAGUGAGAGAAAGAGAGAGAGAGAGAGAGUGUGUGUGGAGCUUAACCUGAGACCUGGACAGAAAAUGCCUCUCCUUUCUAACUUAACGACUAUUGUCUUGUUGCUGAUCGCUCACUGCGGAUCUUGGAUUCUGGCUAACCGCUUGGGCCCCUACAAGGGUUGUCCCUCCUGUAGAGAAUCUUUGGGGGCAGGUCGGGCUCCCCGGGACCAUAUUGGACAAGCAGGCAGCACAUCCAUGUUGGCCCAGGGAGAGCCCUGUGGUGUGUACACCAUGAGCUGUGCCAAGGGGCUGCGCUGCGUGCCCCCUCCUCAGGAACACAGCCCUCUCCAGGCACUGCUGCAGGGCAGGGGCUUCUGCACCAAGCACAGCAGGACCAGUCCCACGGAGAGGCCCCACCCCACAGGUCCACAUCCUUCACAAAGUGGUGAAAUAGAAAAGGCACCCUGCCGUAAGCUGCUCAAUAGUGUUCUGCGGGGUAUUGAGCUCACUAUCUUUCAGUCUGAUCGUGACAUCUAUAUCCCCAACUGUGACACUCGGGGCUUCUACAGGAAAAAGCAGUGUCGCUCCUCCAAGGGUAUGCAGCGUGGCCACUGUUGGUGUGUGGAUGAGCUGGGUACCGCCUUGCCCUCACGUGCCAGCGAAGACGGCACUUUACCAUGCGAUGGAGAGUGAGAGGUCCUUGUCCCAAAACUUUGAACCUAGAGGAGGGGGAGUAAGGGGAGGAGGAGGUGGUGGAGGCAGAGGAGGAGGAGGAGG